CUAAUUCAAUAUAUAUGUGAAUAUUUCUUACUUCAUUUGAAUAGUCUUCAGGUAGUCUUGUUCUUGUUUUUCCCCCAAAUUAACCCCACCAACGAUCCGUCUUCUCUCCGGCGGCGCGGCCACUCCUGUACGGAUCCACCUCCGCGGCCCUCCUGGUAACUAAGUCAAAUGAUGAAGCUGCAAACUUAUGCUGGGCUUAGCUUAAUAGCUACAUUGGCUGUUAUUUAUCAUGCCUUUAGUAGUAGAGGCCAGUUUUAUCCCGCAAUGGUUUACUUGUCGACUUCAAAGAUCAGCUUGGCACUUCUUUUAAAUAUGGGCCUGGUUGUUAUGUGCAUUUUGUGGCAAUUGACCAAGAAAAUCUUCCUUGGCUCACUGCGAGAAGCGGAAGUUGAAAGGCUGAAUGAGCAAUCGUGGCGGGAAGUCAUGGAAAUACUUUUUGCAAUCACUAUCUUCAGACAAGAUUUUUCAGUUACAUUUCUUGCAUUAGUUACUGCUUUACUUCUGAUCAAGGCUUUGCAUUGGUUGGCCCAAAAGAGAGUUGAAUACAUUGAAACAACUCCAUCUGUCCCUAAGCUCUCUCACAUCCGCAUCGUGUCUUUCUUGGGAUUCCUCCUCCUUGUUGACAGUAUCUUUCUCUAUAACUCAGUCAAGUUUUUGGUAAAAACCAGAAAGGCAUCAGUUUCACUUUUCUUUGCAUUUGAAUACAUGAUAUUGGCCACAACAACUGUAUCAACGUUUGUGAAGUAUGUAUUCUACGUCAGUGACAUGCUUAUGGAAGGACAAUGGGAAAAGAAAGCUGUCUACACCUUCUACUUGGAGCUUGUCCGAGACUUGCUCCACUUGACUAUGUAUAUGUGCUUCUUCCUUGUCAUUUUUGUUAAUUAUGGCGUGCCUCUUCACUUGAUUCGGGAGCUGUACGAGACGUUCCGCAAUUUUAAAAUACGUGUGGCUGAUUACAUACGUUAUCGGAAGAUCACGUCAAAUAUGAAUGAUCGCUUCCCAGAUGCAACACCUGAAGAGCUCAAUUCAAGUGAUGUGACCUGCAUUAUAUGCCGUGAGGAGAUGACUGUAGCGAAGAAACUUAAUUGUGGGCAUCUUUUUCAUGUCCACUGCCUCAGGUCGUGGUUAGAAAGACAAAAUACAUGCCCUACAUGCAGAGCGCUUGUUGUACCACCUGAAAAUGGGACGUCAACUUCUGGAUUAAGGGGCGAUGGUCAUCAGCGAGGAACUAGCAUUCCUGGUACACCUACGCAAGGCUCUGUCGGUGAUAGAGUGGCAAAUGAUAAUGUCAGUCAUCAUCAGGCUAGGCUCCAAGCUGCCGCAACUGCUGCCUCGAUAUAUGAGAAAUCUUUUGUCUAUCCUUCUCCAAAUACUCUAUCGUGGUCUCCUGGAUAUACCUUACUUCCUCAAACAUUUGGACAUUGUGGCAACAAUGUAGUGGCAAGUGAUGGUGAAGAUGGAGCUGUGAGUGGACUGUCUCAAGAGCAUCAGCUUGCUAACAUGGUCUUUCCUCAGUUACCUCAGGGCAGUUUUGUCCCUCCACAGUUCCAGGGAUUCAAUGGACAUUUUGCUUCAGGGAAUGCAUCUGAACAUGAUUUACAAGUCAAACUAAUUGAACACCAGAUUGAGUUUCUGCAACGUCAGCUGGAGCUUCUGCAAACAUCCAGUAGUGGAAAGGGGAAGGAUCUAGGAACAUCUGAUAUCAAGGGAAAAACAAUAUCAUCACCAUCUUCAUCUACUGUAGACUCUAGUGAGACGGGCAAUGCAGCUGCCACAGACUAACUGGCCUUGCAGAAGUAUACUCUGGAAGUCUCUUGGAACUGAUAGUAUAUCGUGUACUUAUCUCUGAAAGUCAAAUGUAAUUGUAUGUUGAUUAUUGUUCAAGAAAACACUGCUUGUAUGCCGUGCUCUUGUGGUAACGCAGAGAAUUAGUCCAGUCACUCUUUCUUCUUUCGCUAGUUUAGGUCUUUCCAAACCACAAAUUCAUUCAGGUUUUAGUUUCAAAUCAGAGUUUGUAGCUUCUGUUAGGGUGAAAUAUUGGGGUAAUUUUACUUGGCUACCUAUGUAUUUUACCUUUUGACCCUUUGAAUAAUGUAUAUACACACCCAUAAAUAGUUGGAUCAUGUGACUUCACUUGUAGUUUACCAA